AUGGACCUAGCAUCCAGUCGGCCUUACCACGGCGACGGCGGCGGAGGCGGAGGCGACGCCAUGCCGCUCGCCCGCUAUGGCGCGCCAUCCCCGCAGCUCCACUACCCCGCCAGCCGCUGGACCUUCACCCAGGGCCUCAUCGUCGGCCAGAUUUCCAUGGUCGUCAUCGCCCUCCUCCUCAUCCGCUACGUCAUCUUCGAGGACUCGGCGACUGCGCUGGAAAAGGAGCGCCUGAUGCGCCUCAAGAUCAGCGAACGCCGCUCCAAGCGCCACGCAAAGGCGCUCCUCGAAAACGCAAAGCGCCUCGGCACCACUUCCAAGCUCGCACCCGCCACCGCCAACGGGCCCACAGGCGGCCGCGGAAGGCGUUCCAGAUCCUCAAAGGCCGAUGCCAGGGCAACCUUUGCAGAGAUACUCGACAAGAUCGGCUACGACAUCAGCACCCACGGCAGCGAGAGCUGCGACUGGCUCAACGUCGUCCUCGCCCAGGCCGUCGCAGGAUACCGCGAGGACGUGCUGGCCGGCGGCGUCUCACCCCAUCCGCCUGCACCCGCCGCAGCCUCCGCCACUCGGUCGUCGUCGGCGGCCCACAACUCCACCGCCGCCGCCGACAGCGCCGACGGCGACCUGACCGAGGAAAAGGAGCGGACGGCGCGUGACCUGAUGGAGGAGAUUCUCAACCGCUCCACGUCCAAGGCCGGCUCCUUUCUCGACCCCAUCCGCGUCACCGAGGCCGACUUUGGCGACGCCUACCCCGUCUUCACCAAUGCCCGCGUCCGCCCCGCCGACGACACGGGGCGCAUGCGCAUCGAGGUCGACGUCGACUACUCGGACCAGAUCACGCUUGCCAUCGACACCAAGCUCCUCAUCAACUUCCCCAAGCCCCGCUUCGCCGUGCUGCCCGUAUCGAUCAGCCUCACCAUUGUCCGCUUCUCGGGCACGCUGGCCGUCGAGCUCUUUUCAUCGGAUCCAAACGCGACCGUACUGCCCUCGGCGGCCCACAGCGCCUACCCGGCUCCGAGCGGCGGCGCCGGUGCCGGCGGCAGCGGUGGUGCAGCUGGUUCAAGGCAAGGACGGCAUCCCCCGCCGCCACCGCCGCCGCGGUCGCGGCAUCAGCUCCACUUCUCGCUCCAUCCCGACUUUGCGCUCGAGGCGUCUGCGUCGAGCCUGUUGGGAUCGCGCGCCAAGCUGCAGGAUAUCCCCAAGAUCGAGCAGCUCCUCAUCUCGCGCCUGCGCGGCUGGAUCCUGGACCGCUUCGUCUGGCCGAGGUACUGGAGCCUGACGUUGCCCAACCUCGUCCCCGGUCCCUCUGCGGCAUCCGACGACGAUGGGGGCCAGACCGCGCCCGGUCAGAUGUCAGUCGAGACUGGGAUAGAGGGGCCACGCAACGAUGGCGUCGUCGAGCCGGGCCACGCCCAGUCUUCGCGGCAGGCGCACCAAAGGACGCCAGGCACCUCGGGCGCGCAGACACCCGCGGCUCCUACACCACCACCGCCUCCGCCACUGGGCAGCGUUGAGGCGUGGCGGGCCCAGACACUGCUCUCGGGCACGGCAGGAUCGUCGGCUGCAGCGGCUGCAGCGGCCGCGGCGGCCAUGGGGGCGGGCGCCAGACCGUCGAUGACGGCCAACUCGUCGUCGUCGUCCCUCCUCGGCGGCAGGCCGGCCAUGGUGGGCUCGUACGUCUCUUCGCCUUCCCUCGCCACACUAAACGGCCUCCGGGGCGGCGUAGAUGAUCCGGCCAGUUCGGCGGCGGCCUCUGCGUACGGAGGCAGCGCUAGGGCGUUGCGGCAUCGGUCUGCACAUGUCGACGGCUAG